GGCUCACUAUAGUUAUUAAAGAAUAAAAAAUUUUGAGAUAAAUGUAACAGGUGUAUUAAAUGUAAGGGUAGGUUAAGAAAAAUCAAGGACCAAAAUGGACAACGUGUAGAAUCAAGCACGUGGGUUUAUUACACACAGCGCUGGUGGAGUGUUACUUUGCUUAUUAGGCUCAGAGACACUGCCAAACAAUUGAUUACAGUGGAUUAUAUGGAUUUUCCAUGGGCGGAGGGAAAUCCAAACACCUGGAUAGGUCUAGCAGGAAGACAAGAUAAGCACAGUAGCCAAUAGUCAAAGAUUACAUAAUGUCUCCGCCCAUGGUUUUAGGUUAACUAGUAACAUACAAUUAGUACUUUAAACAAUGUAUAAAAUGUAUAUGUUUAAUUCUGAUUUGGGAUUUAUAGGAAUGAAGUAGCUCCAUUGAUUGUUUACAGGUACAUACUUGGGGGUUAAAACAAAAAAACAGUGAAAAGUAUAUGGCAAUAGAAAUUUUUUUUAGUUGCUUAUUUGUGUUUUUAAGGCAGGCACUGGUAGUGGCUUGGAGAAGGGGUGUACAUUUGUGAGAGGGAGGAUGUUAUAUCUCAUACUGACAUGUUUGAACCUCUUCCAUAAACUCAACGUUGGUGUGUGGGAAGGUACCCCUUUCUACAGAAAAGGGCCCCUUUCAUUCCUUUGGUCUGUUUGCAGCUUUUAGAUAAAGCUACCAAUUAUGAUUCUCCACCUGGCAUUUUGCUGACCAAGCUUAUCUUAGCAAAACCAAGGUUGUUUUUUGUUUGUUUUUCUUUCUUAGCUAAUAUUGUUCACUGUUUGCUAGGCCUCUGGCCUCUUAACCAAAUUCUGGACUUUGGGCCUGUAAAAAGAGCUGACACAGUUUAUAUAUCAGGUUGUUACUUAAUAGCAUAUGGAUUUUGGCCCUUCAAAAGAGUAUCUAAAAAGAGGUAAAUAAAAGAAACAUAUAAAGGAAACUGUUUAGUAAGCACAUGGUAAAAAUAUAAAGGUUGAUUAAGAAAGAAACAUUUAAAAUGUUAAAUAUAAGGGUAGGUUAAGAAAAGAGCAUUUCAAAACAUUAAAUAAUAUUGAAAAAUAGGUUUAAAAAGAACACACAUUGCAAAAAAGGGCAUUUACUAAAGCAGAAACUGUUUAGUAAGCAAUGUUAAAAAGUAUAAAGAGAGGUUAAUAGAAAAGCAUUUAAACUAUUAAAUACAAGGAUAGGUUAAGUAAAGAGCAUUUAAAAAGAGUUAAAUAAGAGAAACAUAUAAAGAUAGGUUAAAAGAGAGAACAGGAAAGGGAAAAGAAAGCCCCUUUGCAAAGGGCAAAAAUAGUCAGCACGUGGUUGAGUCAGAGAGAGAUCUUACCCUUCUAAGUGUUUCUGUGGAAAGAGACAACUUCCCAGGUUCACAGCCCCUCAGGCUUGUUAUCACCGCCUUUGGGUCAGCCCAAUCAGAUGUUGUUCUACAGCAGUGUCAUAGAAUUCAUUUUCCUGAACCAAUCCUAUAGUCCCAAAAUUUGUAAACAAGAGCCAUCUCCGCCCCCACUUUAACUGCCUUAUUCUUAUCUAAAAAAACAGACCUCAAGCACUUUUUCCACCAUGUAGCCCCUUUUACAUAGGGGCUUUAAUAAAAGUUAAAACCAUAAGCCCUUAGUAACAAACAAUUUUUAAAAGUCUUCCCCUACGUUUUAAACUAUUAUUGGUUAUUUUUUCGUGAGGACAAUUUGAAGCUGCAGCAAAACCCCUGUCAGCAAAAACAGCAUCCGUGAGUCAGUGGAUCAGAGAUAAGAAGGCUGCUUCAUCCCCAAACUUUUUAACAAAUCUAUUCUGAAGGAAAAUGGGCCCUUUUCCAAAGGAAGGUCUGUAAACAAUCCAGAACCAAAAUGUCUCAGCUUUGCCCAGUUAAAAAAAAAGCUUUGUAAAACCCGUGAAGCCGUAAAGACCGCUUUAGAUAAGGAAAAGGCCAAGCAUAAGGGGAUUGUCAGUGAAGACAUCUGACCAUGGCAACUUGAAGACAAGGAGCUACCGGCAAGUGGACCUGAUUUAAAUGUUUUUGCAGAUUUUGCAACGAACUACAAGCCACGAGCAGACAUUUAACAGCUAUUUUCUUUACCAGGUGUGUCUGUCUGAAGUUCUGGAAAAAAUUCAACUGCAUCUGCAUUUAAAUCCGUCUGAAAUGUUAUGCUGUAAAAGAAAAUCAUACUAUGUAGCUGCUGCUUGCAUUUUUGCUUUCACUUUGAUGAUUCUAUAUUAUCUUUGGACACAGGGGCACUCUCUCCUACCAAAUAUAACACCACAAGAAGGCAACCUCUGUAGAGGAGAACUUGCCAGCAAUACAAUCACAGCCAUAAAAGGUACUAGAACUUUUAUCAUUGCCCCAUACUUCGAUAAUAGAAAAAGCAAAAUAACCCGCGUGAUUGGGAUUGUUCACCAUGAAAAAGUGAAAGACCUUUUCUGUUGGUUCUGCUGCCAGCCUGAUGGUGAAAUAUAUGUAUCAACGGCAGCAAUAGAUGUUCAUUCAGAUCGAUUUGGAUUCCCUUACGGGGCAGCAGACUUGCUUUGUUCAGAACCUCAAAACUGUGAUCCAAACUUUGUAUCCAUCAGUUGGGAACCUAAAGGAAAUAUUGACCAACUACCAAGGUUUGAAAUAAAAAACCGCAAGCCUGAGACCUUACCCAUUGAAUUCACUGUGUGUCUCUCUCCCAUGUUUGGAAAUUAUAGUAAUGUCUUACAAUUUAUACAGGCCAUGGAGAUGUAUAAAAUUCUUGGGGCACAGAAAGUUAUUAUCUAUAAGAACAGUUGCAGCCAAUUGAUGGAGAAAGCCUUGGAAUUUUAUAUUGCAGAAGGAACCAUUGAGAUAAUUCCCUGGCCAAUUACUUCAUACCUCAACGUUUCUUCUCGAUGGCAUUUUUCUAUGGAUACCAAAGACAUUGGCUACUAUGGACAAAUCACAGCUCUAAAUGACUGUGUUUACCGCAACAUGUACAAGAGCAAGUUUGUGCUUCUUAAUGAUAUUGAUGAAAUUAUUUUGCCCAUGAAACACCCAGACUGGAAAAUUAUGAUGAGUGGCCUUCAGGAGCAAAAUCCAGGGGCUGGCAUUUUCCUCUUUGAGAGCCAUGUCUUCCCUAAAACUGUAUAUGCUUCUACUGACAUAUUCAACAUUACAUCCUGGAAUGCUGUGCCUGGCGUUAACAUCCUGCAGCAUAUUCACAGAGAGCCUAACAGAAAAAAUGUAUUUAAUCCUAAAAAAAUGAUAGUUGAUCCAAGGAAAGUGGUUCAGACGUCAGUCCACUCUGUCCUACAUGCCUAUGCAGACAGUGUGAAUGUUCCCAUUGAUAUUGCCCUUAUUUAUCAUUGCCGGGAAGCCCUUCAAGGAAAGCUUCCUAGAGAAUCCCUGAUUAGGGAUACAACUAUCUGGAGAUAUAACUCAUCAUUAAUCAUGAAUGUUAACAAAGUGCUACAGAAAACAGUGUUCUAAGUGCGGAAAAUGAGACCAUGAGGGGGUGGGGAAGGGGUGGAUUACCAAUAUGUAUAGAUUCUGAAAGGAGGGUCCCAACUAAGGUCUGCUCCAGCUUGAUGUUCUCCUUCCCCAGGACUUUCAUCCUCCCUAACACCACAGAGGCUAUCAGACCAGGGAUGGGACCACUCUACUGUGCCCCAGAAAGUGUCAUCUAUGUACCUCUGUCUCCCUUAGCUCUGCCAGUUCAGCCACUCUGGUCUCCAGAGCCCGUACUCAGUCUGAGGGCCAUGAGCUGCUUGCACCAAAUACACACACAUUGCCUAUUUCUCAGAUGCUGUCUCUAGGCUCUCAUAUUUCACUCAGUUUAAUUGCAGUGGAGAAUUAAAUUGAAGUGAUCUGAGUCUUUUUCACAGCUUCAUGGGUCGUUGUAGAUCUUCACAAGGUCCCACAUGCUUUAGAUCACUGGUAAAUGUAUUUAUCCUUAUCCGAUGUUGUUAUAAAGCUAAGGUAACCCCGCUGGCACCUAACCCAAAAUGGCCAAUAAAGGGAACAAAAUUAUUUCAGAUCUGGGGGGGGGGGGGGGAACAAAGGGUUUGGUCUGUCUGUAUAAUGCUUUUGCUGAAAACAAAAAAUGCAGCCUCACAACUCCUGUUAAGUUAGUAAGUAAUCUAGCUAGAAAUGCGUUAGAUUUCCUUUUGUUUAAUGGCUGGUAAAAUAAGCUGUGCUGGAUGGAAUGUAUAUUUUUGGUUUUGUGUCUUUUUGUAAUGUAAGGUUUUGCCUAGAGGGAUUCUCUAUAUUUUAAAUCUAAUUACCCUGUAAGGUAUUACCAUCCUAAUUUUACAGAGAUGAUUCUUUUACCUUUUCUUUAAUUAAAAUUCUUCUUUUAAAAACCUAAUUAAUUUUUCAUUGUUCUUAAAAUCCAAGGGUUUGGGUCUGUGUUCACCUGUACAAAUUGGUGAGGAUUCUUAUCAAGCUUUUCCCAGAAAAGGGGGUAUAGGGCUUGGGGGGAUAUUUUGGGUGAAGAUGUCUCCAAGUGGGCUGUUUCCUUGUUCUUUGUUUAAAAUGCUUGGUGGUGGCAGCAUACGGUUCAAGGACAAGGCAAAGUUUGUACCUUGGGAAAGUUUUUAACCUAAGCUGGUAAAAAUAAGCUUAGGGGGUCUUUCAUGGAGGUCCCCACAUCUGUACCCUAAAGUUCAGAGUGGGGAAAAAACCUUGACAUGGUGGUAGAGGUGGGAUCAUUUUAAACCAAAGAUCAUUUUGAACCAGAAGCACAGCAGGAUUUUAAAAGAUUUUGUAAAAGGUGAUUGCAGCUGUAAAUUCUGUCUCUCUGCCUGGGGGACAGAGCAGCAGGCAUAACAAAAGGUGGUUACCCUUUCCUUUAUAUUUAUAACAGACUUGUUCACUGAUUGUUGUCUUGUCUGCAUGGGACUUUUUAAUUGCACAUUAUCUGUAACUUGGGUCUCCACCAAGUGCUGUUUCCAAUAUCCUCUAUAGAUGAUAUCAUGGUAUCCUCCUGCACUGAGGAGACCUCUCUGAGGCAAGUUAUUAGGAAGCGACAGGAAUAGUAACGAGGGAUUUGAUUUUAAGAAAAAUAGAUAGUUGGGUUUGUGAUGACUGGAAAAAUUGCUGGCGAAUUGCUGGCUGAGCGUGAAGGUUGUAGACCUCACAGAACAUCUAGGCUGAGUUAUGUACCAUGCAAAGGAGGAGCUGGGGGUUGUAGUACCUACAUGUACCAAUGACCUAGGGCAGUGGUCUCCAACCUUUUAACACCCAAAGACACUUUUUGAAUUGAAGGGCAACCCAGGAUCUAUCCUGUCCCUUCCCUGUUUCCUCACUUCCCCAGGUGGGUAUUGUAGUUUUAAGAAUGCUUGAUAAACAGAUUGACAGAGCGAGACGGGUACCCAGAAAUCACCUUCUACAGGACAGGCCCCAUAAGGAAAACAGAACACCACUGGCCAUCACUUACAGCCCCCAGAUAAAACCUCUCCAGCACAUUAUCAACAAUCUACAACCUAUCCUGGAAAACGAUCCCUCACUCUCCCAGACCUUGGGAGACAGGCCAGUCCUUGCUUACAGACAGCCCCCCAACCUGAAGCAAAUACUCACCAGCAACUAGACACCGCACCACAGAAACACUAACACAGGAACCUAUCCCUGUAGCAAAACUCGUUGCCUACUCUGUCCCCAUAUCUACUCUAGCGACACCAUCAGAGGACCAAACCACAUCAGCCACACCAUCAGAGGCUCAUUCACCUGCAUGUCUACUAAUGUGAUAUAUGCCAUCAUGUGCCAGCAAUGCCCCUCUGCCAUGUACAUUGGCCAAACCAGACAGUCCCUAUGUAAAAAAAUAAAUGGACACAAAUCGGACAUCAGGAAUGGUAACGUACAAAAGCCAGUGGGAGAACACUUCAAUCUUCCUGGACAUUCCAUAACAGAUUUGAAAGUAGCUGUGCUUGAACAAAAAAACUUCAGAAACAGACUUCAAAGAGAAACAGCAGAACUAAGAUUCAUUUGCAAAUUUACCACCAUUAAUUUGGGCUUGAAUAGGGACUGGCUCAUUACAGAAGCAGCUUUGGCUCUCCUGCAAUUGACACCUCCUCAUCUAUUGUUGGGAGUGGACUACAUCCACUCUGAUGCGUUACCUGGAAUGCGUUACCUAGGGAGGUGGUGGAAUCUCCUUCCUUAGAAGUUUUUAAGGUCAGGCUUGACAAAGCCCUGGCUGGGAUGAUUUAAUUGGGGAUUGGUCCUGCUUUGAGCAGGGGGUUGGACUAGAUGACCUUCUGGGGUCCCUUCCAACCCUGAUAUUCUAUGAUUCUAUGGUCGAAUUGGCCCUGUCAGCACUGGUUCUCCACUUGUGAGGUAACUCCCUUCUCUUCAUGUGUCAGUAUAUUUAUGUCUGCAUCUGUAAUUUUCACUCCAUGCAUCUGAAGAAGUGGGGUUUUUACCCAUGAAAGCUUAUGCUCAAAUAAAUGUUAGUCUUUAAGGUGCCACCGGACUCCUUGUUGUUUUUCUGGAUUCAGAUUAACACAGCUACCCCCUGAUACUUGGCUCUGGGAGGAGGCUCAGGGCAGAGGCUUGGGGUGCAGGAGGGGGUAUGGGGUGCUGGCUUCAGGAGCAGGCUCAGGGUUGGGGUGCAGGCUCCCAGCAGGUGGCACUUACCUCGGACAGCUCCCAAUCGGUGGCGCAACGGGGCUAAGGCAGGCUCCUUGCCUGCCCCGGCCCCACUCAGGCACAUCAGCACCUCCUCCCCAUCACGAGCCGGGCCACCCCCACACACACACCCUGCCAGCCAGUAGUGCACAACGUGACCAUGCCACUCCCAGAAGGGACCAAAGUGCCCCUGUGGGGGGCACAUGGCUCCGCAUGCUAUCCCUCUCUGCAGGCACUGGCUCUGCAGCUCCCAUUUGCCACAGCUCUCUGUUCCCAGCUAUGGGAGCUGCAGGGGUGAUGCCUGCAGGCAGCAGCAGCGCGUGAAGACCCCUGCUGGCUGCUUCUGGGAGAGGCGUUGGGCCGCGGGAGAUCACGAUCGACUGGGAGAGUCUCCAGGAUCGACCAGUUGAUCACAAUCAACUCGUUGGUGACCACUGACCUAGGGAAAGGUAGGAGAGAAGUCCUUGAGGACUAAUUUAGGCUGCUAGCUAAUAAGUUAAAGUUCAGGACCUCCAUGGUAGCAUUCUCUGAAAUGCUUCCAGUUCCACACACAGGGACAGUUAGGCAGAACUGCAGAUUCUCAAUGCAUGGAUGAGACAGUGGUGUUUGGAGGGCGGGGAUUUAGGUUUAUUAGGAACAGGGGAAUCUUUUAAGUAAGGAGAAACCUAUAUGAGAAGGAUGGGCUCUACCUAAGCCAAAACAGAACCAGAUUGCUGAUAUUUUAAAAUUAAAAGCAUAAUUGAGAAGCUUUUAAAUUAAGAACUGGGGGAAAGCCAACAGGUGCAGGGCAGCACACGGUUCAGACAGCCACAUCCUUUAGGGGAGGAUUUAUUAAAGGGAACACUUUACAACCUAGUGUAACCCGUCUGCCCAUCAGAGUUGGCAGCAACAAGGGCCGGGUUCAGUAUCUAGGGGUUCCAUUCCAAUAACACAAUGCAAAACUGGCUCGAGUCCCCACCCAGUGACCUGGGACAAAUAUAUGACCACCCCCGCUGGGCACCUCCAAGAGGCAAUACUUCCCCUCUCACAAGCACAGAGUCUGAGUGUAGCAAAAAGGCUUUUAAUAACAGAGAGAAACAAUGUGGCAUUAUGAAAAGGAGUACUUGUGGCACCUUAGAGACUAACCAAUUUAUUUGAGCAUGAGCUCAUGCUCAAAUAAAUUGGUUAGUCUCUAAGGUGCCACAAGUACUCUUUUUCUUUUUGCGAAUACAGACUAACACGGCUGUUCCUCUGAAAAAUGUGGCAUUAUGUUGGUGAACCACCACCAACAGGAUUCAUAACACAACCCAUGAGCAAAAAACCCACCCCAAGCAAAUUGGGGCAUGUCCUUUCCCUUUGGUUCUUGAGUCCAGCAACCCAAAAUCACCCAAAGUCCCAAAAGUCCAAUAACCCAAAAGUCUCUGUCCCUGGUCAGGGCAGCCCCAGAGUUCGAAAGUUUAUCUGCAGAGUUUUACCCCCAACCUGGGUGGAGAUGGGGGGGGGAGGUUAAGGGGCACCUUACGUGGUCCAAAGCUGAUUGCCCCACCUCUCCAUGGGGCUCCGCUCUGCCAACCACCCCCAUGAGCUGCUCCAGGCAUCCAACAAACUGCUCUGCUCCACCAGCCACGCUGCUCUGCUCACCGUCCCGCAAACUGCUCUGCCAUAUAUCUUCAGGCUCCCCCACUACUUAACACAACACUCAGUGAUUUCAGCUCUUCGUAAGUUUAGCUCUUUUGUGAUUUCAGCUUGUGAGCCGAUUUCAGAUUGUGAGCCUCAGUGCUGGUGCACCAUUAGCCCAAAGUGAAUUCAGCUCAGCAUCCUGUACCUAGACUCCUAAUGAAAUCAAAAUUAGCUCUGAUAGUGGAGAGAGGAGGAAGUGCAAUUAGCAUGUAAGGCCCUCAUCAUGAGGCCCAUGCGACCAAGUAUUAAUACCUGUCCCCAGCCUCUCUCUAUUCAUAGAAUAUCAGGGUUGGAAGGGACCUCAGGAGAUCAUCUAGUCCAACCCCCCGGUCAAAGCAGAACCAAUCCUCAACUAAAUAAUCCCAGUCAUUCACUGGGUUUUGGAACCCAUGACCCUUGCCUAGCGAGUGCUGCUUAGUUGAUGGCGAGUCCCUCCAUCAUAACAAAAGGCCAAGUACAGUUCCACUAUCCUUGAUUCACAUAAUCAGGACAAUAACAGUUUAUUCCUGCCCCAAUAACAGAGAAACUGGGGCUCCUACAGCAGCCAAAGUGACCAUCUAGGCAGGGUGGGUGUUCCUAUGCAAAUGAGAUCAGCCCCUGAAGUUCUUUUCCACAACCCACCAUGACUCACCACCAGAUGUCAGGGGAGAGCUCAUCCUGACUCUGCUUACCCUAGUAAAGAGGAGAGGAUAGAAGUUGAUAAAGUACAGUUAGGAACUGAAGAGAAACAGUCAAACAAAAUAAGAGUCCCAUUCAGUUACAUCAGAUGAAGCAGACAAAAAUUUAAAAAUUUCAUAAGUGCUUGUAUACAUAUGCAAGAAUUCUAAAUACUAAGAUGAGUGAACUUGACUGGCUGGUAUUAAAUAAAAAUAUUGAUAUAAUGGGCAUCACAGAAACUUGGUGGAAUGAGGAUAAUCAACGGGACACAAUAGAGUGCAAAAUAUAUAGGAAUGACCAUGUAGGUUACGCUGGUGGGGAGAUGGCGCUAUGUGUGCAAGAAAACAUGGAGUCAAACAUAGUAAAAAAUCUAAAAUGAUUCAAACUGUCUCAUAGAAUCUCUAGGAUCAGAAAUUCCAUGCUUGAAUAAGAAGAAUAUUGCAGUAGGAAUAUAUUAUCAACCACCUGCCCAGGAUGGUGAUGGUGACUGUGAAAUGCUUAGGGAGAUGAGAGAGACUACAUAAACAGAAAACCCAAUAAUAAUGGGGGAUUUCAACUAUCCCCAUAUUGACUGAAAACAUAUCAUCUCAGGAUGGGAUGCAGAGAUCAAAUUUAUUGACACCAUUAAUGACUGCUUCUUGGAGCAGCUGGGCCUGGAACCCACAAGGGAAAAGACAAUUCUUGAUUUAGUCCUAAAAGGAGUACAGGAUCUGGUCCAAGAAGUGAAUAUAGCUGAACCACUGAGUAGUAGCAACCAUUAUGUAAUUAAAUAGUGAAAUGCCUGCAAGCUGCAUGGAAAAACAUUUUAAAAAUACCAUAAUAGGCUCAAAUUGUGGAACUUGUUGCCAGGGGCUGUUGUGACGGGGGGUCAAAAAAGCAUUAGAUAAAUUCAUGGGGCAUAGGUCUAGUAGUGGCUAUUAGCCAAGAUGGUCAGGGAUGCAACCUUAUGCUCUGGGUGUCCGUAAGCCUCUGUCCUGUCAGACCUUCUGGCAGUCAACAGGGGAUGGAUCUCAAUUGUCCUGUUCUGUUCAUUUCCUCUGAAGCAUCCGCCACUGGCCCCUGUUGGAAGACAGGAUUCUGAGCUAGAUGGACCAUUGGUCUGACCCAGUAUGGCCGUUCUUAUGUUCUUAAUGCAUGGUGAUCAAAAGACCUGAGGUACUAGGGAAAACAUACGUUUCUUAAGAGUGGCUGCUAGAGCUAGAUUUAGGCAUCAGUCAUAGGGUGACCAGACAUCCCGAUAAAAUCGGGACUGUCCUGAUUUUUAGUUCUUUGUUUGAAUAAGCAAAAAUGCAGUAAAAAGGAAUGGAAUAGAUGUUUGAGAGAGUGUGCUGGUUUUUUAACUUUAGAUGGCGUCAGGGUUCCCUCCCCACUCUGAACUCUAGGGUACAGAUUGGGAACCUGUAUGAAAGACCCCCCCCAAGCUUGUUUCUACCAGCUUAGGUUGAAACUUCCCCAAGGCACAAAUUGUUUGCCCUUGGAGGGUACACUGCCACCACCAAGUGAUUUAACAAAGAAUCAGGAAAAGGACCACUUGGAGUUCCUAUUCCCCCAAAAUAUGCCCCCCAACCCCUUACACCCCCUUUCCUGGGGAGGCGUGAGAAUAAUAUCCUAACCAAUUGGUUACAAAGUGAUCACAGACCCAAACCCCUGGGUCUUAGGACAAUAGAGAAAUCCGUCAGGUUCUUAAAAGAAGGAUUUUAUUUAAAAAAAAAAAAGGGUAAAAAAAAUCACCUAUGUAAAAAUCAGGAUGGAAAAUAACUUUACAGGGUAACAAAAGAUUCAAAAACACAGCAGAAGUUCCUCGAAGCUUAGUUUCAAAGUUACAAAAAACAGGAAUAAACCUCCCUCCAGCAAAGGAAAAAUUCACAAGCAGAACACAAGAUAAUUGAACACAUCUUGCCUGACUUUUACUUACAAUUUUUGUAAUGAGAGACUUUUAGGAUGGUUUAUAGGAGAAGAAGUUUUCUGACCUGAUGCUUCUCUGCUUCCCAAGAGAACACACACAACAAAGCCUCCCCCAAGAUUUGAAAGUCUCUUCUUUCCCCAUUGGUCCUUUUGGUUAGGUACCAACCAGGUUAUUUGAGCUUCUUAACCCCUUACAGGUAAGGGGGAAUUCUAGGCUACCCUUAGCUGUAUGGUUAUGACAGAUGGCAUUAAAAGGGCUGCCUUUUUCAGCUGCCCCUAGGUGCCUAAAAAUGUUAACUGGUCUCAGCUGUGUGCAGGGGCUCUAACAGGCAGCUUUUGAGGAGAAAAAGUUGGUGCUAGCUGGUUACUUGGAAGGAGGCUGUUUUGUUUCUAGGUGGAGGAGAGAGAGCUGUGAAUGCUGAGACUGCCCUCAGUUUUCCAUAAUCUUUCAUCUUAUUAUGAAGAAACAGUUAUUAGCUGAUUCUAGUUCUUUGUAAAUCGGUUAAGAUCUAUUGUGUUGCUCCUUUAUGAGUUAACCUGUACUACUGUAAUUUUUUAACUAGGCCAUAUGGAGAAAAGAAUUGAACUAUACUAGGACUUGAUUUUUUUUUAUACAUACACUUUUACUUAGCUUUCAGUGAAUGGUAGGGGUGUGUGUGAUGUUGUACUCCAUAUGCUUUAUGAAAAUAUGCUUAUGAAUGUGAAUAUGAUGUAACUGGAAUAUGCUUUAUGCAAAAGGUCUCUUGUAAAGUAUCAUUACAAAGCUUAUAAUCUACUGAGUGUGUUCAUCCUAUUUGUUUGCAUAUGUUAUUUCUAUGUCUUGAGUUAGGAGAAUAAGAUAUAAACUUGUUUACAUCAGUAAUACAUAUUAAGUGGAAGCCAUUAAGGGUGCUUCAGAAUCAAUGAACUGUAAAUGGCUCUGUUUACUUGCAAACCUACCUGUGGGCCAGCCCAGGAAGAAUGGAGGCUGGGGUCUCACAGGCCAUGUGAUCAUGUCACCUAAUACUGGAAUCCAUCUUAAUCCUUGUACUUUUCCAUUCAGAAGGAGGGGUGGGGCCAAGCACAAAGGACUCCUGCCUUGUGCAAAACUAUAAAAAGGGGGUGGAGCAGAACAAAGAGGCUGCCAGUCAUGGAGAUAUUACCUGUAAUCAGUUUCUUAAUGUACUAGGCUUAGACUUGUGUUUUUGCUUGGUGAUUUACUUUUUUCUAUUACUUGAAAUCACUUAAAUCCUACUUUUUAUACUUAAUAAAAGCACUUUUGUUUAUUAAUGAA